AUGUCGAACAAAGAACAAGCAUUUGAUGAUCUGCAAGAUUCGCUUACAGCCAUUGAUUACAUCAAUAAACAAGAGGAAUUGGAGAGGGAGGCAAGAACCUUGAUGCCAUUUGAUCCUAAUGAAUGCACCUAUGAGUUAGGUGAAUUGAGACAACAAGUGUAUGCCUGCUUGACAUGUUCCAAAUUGAACGACAAUCAACCGAUUGGAGUUUGUUACUCAUGCUCAAUCCAAUGCCACUCGAAACAUGAAUUGGUGGAGCUAUUCACUAAACGGUCCUUUUUAUGCGAUUGUGGGACUACAAGGAUGGCAAAGACUCCUAAUGGGGCGUGCAAUUUGAGAAGGGCAGAUCGGAACAGUGUAGGUUCACUGUCAGGGUUAGGCAGCCGACUGUCGAGUCAUGUUGAACUUCCAGCGGAAGACAUACCAAGUAACUCAAAUGUUUAUAAUCAAAACUUUCAUGGUAAUUUCUGUGGUUGCAAACAACCUUACGAUCCAGCAAACGAGACAGGCAAUAUGUUGCAAUGCUAUUUCGGAUAUGUAUGUGGCGAAGAUUGGUUCCAUGAUAGAUGUAUUAUGGGAUUGCAGCCAGAUGCUCAGCUGAAAAAGCAGCUCUAUGCAGUAGUACAAGGCACCGAAAACGAAGCUUCUCACGCGGAGGAGAUUUCACUGGGUGAUGACGAAUCAGACGAAGAGGACUACUCGGGUACCACAGAUAAACUAAAGUACUUUCCCCGUUUGAAAUUAUUUGAUGAAUUCAUUUGUUGGCAAUGUGUUUCCAAAUUUCAUGAUAUUUUUGUACAAUUGGACCAAAAGAUUCCUGGUGUCAUAAUGGAGAAACUACCCCGCUACACCGGGGUUGGGAGUGAUGAAGAGUGGAAGAAAUUGAAGGAAAAGGAAGAUGAACCCAAAGUGAAACGAACAAAGAUAGAAGGUGAACAUAACAUCACCGACGUUGGCCAGUACUCAAUAUUCUUAUGCAAACAUUUUAGACGAAAGUUGACUGAAAAUAUACCUAAACUCGAUCAUGAAUCGAGAUUGUACCAAUUUUUUCAAAACCAUCUGUAUCUUUAUGAAGAAGACCCUGUUUAUAAACCACCCGAGGAUCCUUCAGAAGACACAUGGUCAACAACCCUGUCGAAUCCAGACAUGUCUGCUUUAGAUGUCAUCCAAAAUUUACCCCGCGAUCAAGCAAUUGAAGGUAUUCAAGCAUAUAAUACUAUAAAAGCUAAACUUCGUGACUUUUUCAAACCUUUUGCAGAGCAGGGUAAGAUUGUUACCGAGGAUGAGGUCAAGAGUUUUUUUGGAGAAAUGACGGCAAAGGACAAAUCGAAUUAA